CAAAAGGAGGAAGAAGGAGAUUUCAUUGGCAGCUUUUGAAAAAUUUAUUGACAGCAUAAAGAAAAAAAAGAAAAAGAAAAAAGAAAAAGGAAGUAAGGACCACUUCCUCUGUUGCGCAUCAAAGCGAAUUCGAUGAAGCAGCAUGUCAAAGGAUGAUGAUCAUGGAACCAGAUGUUCAAACCUUGAUUCUGCAGAUCUAGAUCAGAAAGACAUUGAUACGAUACUUUAUUGGCACAAUACUUAUCGUAACACGGUGGCUAGUGGUGAAGAACAAAGAGGGAAUCCAGGUCCUCAACGACCAGCAAAAUAUAUGAUGGAGCUGCUUUGGGAUGAUGAACUCGCUUUUAUCGCUAGGCGAUGGGCGUUGCAGUGCAACCUCUUUGAGAAAGAUCAAUGCCGAGACGUUGAACGAUUUCAAGUAUGGCAAAACGUGCACGUGCUCGAUAUGAACAGUGUGGGAAACGCAACGUCCACCGCUAGGAUUCACUUUCAUAUUCAAUCCUGGUACGACGAAGUGGAAGAUUUCGAUUCUGCGGAAUUCGGGUUCGUCAACUUCACAGCUCGAAGCAACCUUUCAUAUAUCGCAUUCGCAUCGGCGAUAAUUAGCCAAGUCGGCUGCGGUCGUGCAAUUUACACGGCUAAGCAAGAUGGUUCACCGCCGGGUCGUGAAGAGACGGCUACUGUCACGGGCACAAUGCAGCUCGGUUUCGGGGAUCGCGUGGAGACCCUCGUCUGCAAUUACGGACCCCUCGAUCGGAAGAGACCGAGGGAACUCUACGAAGAUGGUGUGCCGGCUCUUUGUCCGCAGGGAACGAUCCGUAGCUCGCGAUACGCAGCACUUUGUCAAAAAUCCCAGAAGUGGCCGUCACGGAAGUUGCAGCGUCGGACUGAAUCGAGCCAGAAGAGAACCAGCCAAACAAUGACCAGCGGUACAUUCCUGAUUAAAGGAACGAUUUAUCCUGUUCACCUGAUGUUAUUAUUGCUGGCACGCCUGUGGACGUGAUUCCCACCCACUUAUUGUUACUCUGCUGGUGCAAUGUUUGUCUGAUACAGUGCUAUCAAUAAACCGUUUACCAAUUUCAGACGGUUGUUGAUGUUACGUUCCACGUUAUUGUUAUAUCUAGACACAUUCACGUGUACGAUAUUUUCACGGUGUCAAGAAUAGCAGGUUCUUGGCAUUAAAUAACUUUAAAGUUGCUGGAACGUUCACGCGACGAAAGCGUAUCUUUAAG